CUUUCAAACUGUUGACGACCAGUAACAGAGCAAGCAGCACAGAUCACAACCAACUCAAAAAUGGAACGCAACUUUCUGCUCCUCAAGCCUGACACAUCCUCAAAUGAACCAGCCAUAGUUUAUACUCUCAAACAAGCCGGGUUCAAGGUUUUCAAUAGAAGAAGAACGAUCCUGACAUCCGAGCAAGCUUCCGAAUUUUAUAAAGAGUGGCGGGACGAUCCUGAUUUUGGAGAAUUGAUCGUGUACAUGACCAGCGGCCCUGUGGUGGCACUGGCUCUUCAUCACUACACCGGUUUCGAAGUCCUCCGCAAACUCGUCGGUCCACUUGAUCCCGCUGUGGCCAAAACAGAUGAGCCCGAAAGCUUGAGAGCGAAAUACGCAACAGAUGAACUCCGGAAUGGGUUUCAUAUGAGUGAGACGAAAGAGGCUGUGGAAAAAGACUUGUCGUUCUUCUUUCCGGAUACCCAUGUAGUGCCCCUCCCAACACCCGAAGACGCCAAACUUAUCCUAGAAACUACCGUUUACCCCGUGCUGUUACAAGGUCUGACACAGCUGUGCAAAGAAAAGCCAGCAAAUCCCACAGCCUGGUUGGGUACAUGGUUGCUAGACAAUAAUCCCAACAAGCCCAAAGUGGAGGAGCCCCCGGAAGUAGUCGUUUAGCUAAUGUUGGGGGUAUUGCUUUUUGUAUAGAUUAUGGUGCUAAUUGUCAUUUGUUGCUAUGCUUGGUGUCGGGUCUCUUUAUUUCACUAUACUUUCCAUGACACCUUUUACUUAUACUAGGAGAUCUAUC